CUUGAGAGUGAAUUCAUAAAAAAAGAGGUGGAGUGUGUUAUAUUGCAAUAGUCCUUCAUUCCCUUGUUUGGGUUGCGGUAGAGAGAGAGAAGCGCUUGUCGAUGGCGGAUCCCUACUAUUCAUACGCUUCUCCCGCUGCCCCUGACGGAGGGCACAUUGCAAGAACUAGUUUUGCCGCUUAUGUACCAUCCAAGGUUUCUCCUCAUCCUCGUGUAUCAGAUUCUGCUGAAUUGCGGGGCAUUGGAUCAGAUUACCCGCAGAGAGAUAUGAACUUGCUGCAAACGGGACCUUACAGUGUUGAUGAAACUCUGGGCUCCAGAAUUCAUUCUGAAUCUGUUAAGGGUUAUUCAUCUCUUGGAGAUCAUAAUCCCAGUAAACAAAGGGAUACUCCAUUGGGCAUUAAUCCAGGUGUUCCUGAUAUGAGCAGUGAAAGAACAAUCUCUAAAAGCAGUUACGAUGGUCUUCAAAAUUCAGUAGGGGACUCGAACAUUCUGUUUGUCGGUGGACUCCCAAAUGAUUGCACUAGAAGGGAAGUUGGACAUCUUUUCCGUCCUUUUAUUGGCUAUAAGGAUAUCAGAGUUGUACACAAGGAGCCUAGACGUAGUGGAGACAAGGCUAUGACUUUGUGUUUUGUGGAGUUUAUUGACCCCAAAUGUGCUCUCACUGCCAUGGAAACUCUGCAAGGCUACAAGUUUGAUGAUAAAAAACCCAACUCACCGACCUUAAAAAUACAGUUUGCACAUUUUCCUUUUCGUCUACCACCUGAUCAUGGCAACGGUUCAUCAGUAUGACACACUCACACCAACUGGAAAUUCAUUUCUUGGGUGAGAAAGUAUACGCUUCUCAGAUUUACUAUAUCAGAUGGAGAAAUGUACUCCCUAGAUUCAAAAUUUACAUGAGACCUGGCUGGUGAAUAUAGGAUGCAAGAGUUCUGGCAACAAGCCAAAUUUUUACCAGAAUGUUUAUUAGAAUUUUCAUGAUGAUUUAUCGGCCUCUACCAGUAAAGCCUCUCUGAUCAUGGGAAUAAGGCUGUGGCUUUGUACAAAACUGUUUUGACCCUCGUAGAUCUCAGAACAGUGAGAGGUUCAUGUAUUUGACCGCCCUUUUAAAUUUUCAUGCUUAAGCAAGUAGUUGUAACAAUAGUCAGGGCUUGUGUGAAAAAAAAAAAGCGAUAGUUAGGAGUUGGUUUAAUCUUAU